AACUUCCUUCACAUUUCAAAAUUCAAACGUUCAAUAGCAGCUCACCGGUAUUCAUCUCCGAUUCUUUUAACAAUCCCACUGCGGUAACGGCCGGUGAAGGACGCCGUCAACGCAAGGACAUAUCUGUAAAUAAAACAAACUACCUUACCACUUCGACACCCACUCCCGCUCAGUCUCUCCAUUUCGAAAUACCACUCUCUCUCUCUCUCUCUCUCUCUCUCUCUCUCUCUAUCUCUCUAGGGUUUCCACACAAAAACGCCAUGAAAGACAGCGACGAGCCUCGGGGCUCCGAUCCAGCGGACCCGCUCGACGGACUAUCCGUUCUCUCGCUGUUCCCCCGAACAAUUGGGGCUUCAAAAGCCCCAAGUUCAAACCGCUCCGACGACCUCGAAUCUAUCAACGGCUUCAUGAAAUCGAUGGCGUUGAGAAGUCCCAGCAAGCAUUUAGAGCAGGCAAAGGCCAUUGUUGAUGGCAAUUCAGAACUCCUGAAUUCCGAAUUUGCUAGUUUUUUAGCAUCUGAGAAAAUAAAUGAAGAUGUCGUGGCGGCAAAGGUUAAUGAAAAUGCCCGAGAACGGAGACCGGGGUUAGGCCGAAGACGGGCUAGGUUUUCUCUGAAGCUAGAUUCAAGUCAGCCUUCUGUGAACUUGGAACCGACUUUGGACAUUGAUCAUAUUCAAGACCCGGACGAGUUUUUCUUGGCCCAUGAAAAAUAUGAUAAUGCCAGAUUAGAAUUACAUCUAAUGAGGGGUGGAAGUUUGGCUGAUUUUGACUGCAAUACAUCCAAACCCGAACGACGCCGUCGACCUGGAAUUCUGGGGAAAACUUACAAGCAUCGCAUUUCAUUGACGCUUCCAGAAAUUGACGAUAAAUCCUCCCAAGUGACAUCAGGACAGGAAAUUCUCAGUCCACUUCAUUAUACUUCAGAACAAGAAACAGCCGAUCCUAAUGUCAAAUUGCAGGAAAAGGAUUUAAUUGGGUCAGUUUAUAAUACCGAGAACAGAGGUGAUGAACUUCUCGAUGAGUUACUAUCGGAUAGAUGUGCGAAUUUAGAUAAGGGUGGGAUACUAUCUUUCUUGCAGGAGCGCUUAGAGAUCAAACCUCUUGAUCUCGACAAAGUAUGCCUUCCUGACUUUCAUGAUGUUGGAAUGGAUGAUUUUAUGGACUUCGGAAAAACUUCGCGAAAGCCUCGUAAAGCACUAUCAGAUAUACAGAAUUUGGAGAAAGGCAUAAGUGGUAAAACACCUGUUAAACACAAACAGGCUGUAGAAAGCCCUGUUCUUUCGCUGACUUCACCUACCCCUCGAAAAAGUCCUUUUGCUUCAAUCUUGUUACUUAAAAAGCGCACGUUGCUGUCAGAUCUGCGGAGCGAUCCAUUCUCAGCCCUUGAUCUGUCACCAGCCAGAGAUUCUGCUUCUGUUGAACUUGUUGAACAAUCAGACCACCACGCUCAAAGGAAGGAGUUUGACGUUUCUGGUGAGUUGAAGUCACCGAUAGCUGAAAUAGGUGAAACUAGAGUUGAUGAUGUGGGUUCACAAGAGAUGAUAACAGGAGAGUCAAUCACUCCAUGUGAAAAAUCAACGAAUGACAACUCAGUCAGACUUCCGGUUAUUGAUGUUUUGUCAAUUGGAUCUGAGGGUGAAAAAUAUACCAAGGGGAGCAGGAAUGUUGAUGGGAGGGCUGUGGAAUACAAUGACAAUGGGAUUAACACUGAUACAGAUGUCCGAACAAAUGGGCCAAAUGAAAUGGAGGAGGAAAUUGCGCUUAAUACUGAAGCAGAUAUUCUGGCAAACAAACACAGCGAAAUGGAGGAGAACGUUGGAGAUAUGCUCCAGGAGGUAGGGUCAUCUGCAGAUUUCAACUGUGGAGGCUCAUCUAGGCCUGACGCUGAAUUUCAGACAGAUGGACGACAUGAAAUGGAGAAGACUGUUAUUCAGACCAAUUUUCAGGUUGAAGAUAUGGCACAAGAUGCACAACCAGAUAGCAACAUUGGGCAGCCCGCUAUGGAGACUUUGGACAGUAAUCAGACUCAUCAGGAUCAGUCUCUUCCUUCUGCAGUUGAGCCCCAUGCGGUGGAUGUAUCCUUUGACACCUCUGAUGCGCUUCCAGAACAUGUUAAGGAAUCUUCUAGGGUACCAUUGAAUGAGCAAAGUCCUGCCAAAAGACCGCCACGCAGCAAAAGGAAAGCAGUUUCUCAUAGGAAAAGCCUUGCAGGGUGUGGUACGUCUUGGGAAGCUGGGGUAAGGCGGAGUAAGAGAAUCAAGAUGAGGCCUUUGGAAUAUUGGAAGGGUGAAAGAUUUUUAUAUGGACGCAUGCAUGAGAGUAGUUCUUCUUUAGGCCUGAAAGUAAUUGGAGUGAAGUAUGUGUCACCAGCGAAGGAGACUGGUGGAAAACCCUCAAUCAAGGUCAAGUCCUUUGUGUCGGAUGAAUUCAAAGAACUUGUCGACCUAGCAGCACUGCACUGAGAUCUCCAGGAGUUGAAUUCUGCUGUGAGCUGCAGGGGGCAAUGCUUCUGGCCUUGUUUACCUAGUGCCAUCUUGUUUUUCGGAACAAUAAGAGUGUCGAAGUAAAUUCUGUUGUAUGUAGUAAAAUUCUAGCUAGGCGCAUUGUGACUAGCUUAACUGCCGUCAUUGUAACUCUUUAUCCUCAUCUGCGAACACAAUGAGAUCUGACGUGAGUCGAGAAUGGAGGCGUUCUUGAGGAGCAACGUAAA